AUGGCCGAUGGAGAGCCAGUUCCGAACGAUGCUCUUGUUCAAAUGAUGACCGCGUUGAGGGAAGAGUUGAGGAACAUGACUCAACAAAUGGGCUACAUACGUCAAGAGCUUGGAGCAAGGAUCGACCGAGUUGAAGCACAACCAAGGAGAGACCCGGUGGCUGUUGGGGCUGCACAGCUCACUGGCAAUUCAUUGGCGUGGUGGGACAGAAACGUGGCCGAGAGAAGAAGGCCACACUUUGGACCGUUCAUAACUUGGAGUGACAUGAAAUUCCUUCUACGACUCAGAGUUAAAAGAAUCGGAGGAGGCCUUAAUGGCACAAUUUUUACAAGAAAGGUGGAGAGAGCUCAAUACAAUGGGUUGCACGAUUUGUUGCAUCUUGCCGUGCAAGUGGAGCAGCAAAUCAAACGCAAAACAACUCUCACCAACUGCAACCAUACGAAUCAAACAUGGAACACCAGCAGCUCUAAACCAGUAGACAAGGGCAAAGCCGUGGAGAUUGACUCAAGGUUUAAAGGCAAAAACGCCGAGGCUCCCAAGUUCAACCGAGCUGAGCAAGAUAAGUCUUCUAACAAUACCUCAAGAACUCAUGACAUAACAUGCUUUAGAUGUCAAGGCAUGGAUCACAUAUCAAGGGAGUGCCCAAACCAACGAGUCAUGAUCAUCACACCAAGUGGGGAUUACGAGUCUCAAGAUGAGCAAGAAGAUGACUCUAAUGACAUAGAUGAAAAGUUUGAAUACCCUGAUACUGGUGAAGUACUAGUAACUCGCAGAGUGCUAAGUGUUCUUGUUCACCCCGAGGAGACAACCCAAAAGGAAAACAUUUUCCACACUAGAUUGGCUAGCAAGUACAUGUUAGACAGAUUAUGUCUUGAGAAGACAAAGCAUCAUCGCCCUUACAAGUUAAGGUGGUUAAACAAUCAAACCGAGCUCAAGAUCUCCGAGCAAGUAUCCGUGCCUUUUAGUAUUGGUAAGUACCAUGAUCAAGUCACUUGUGACGUGGUGCCAAUGCAAGCAGGGCAUCUAAUACUCGGCAGGCCAUGGCAGUUUGACCGAGCAAAAAACCACAAUGGCCGCACCAACCAUUACUCUUUCAUGCACAAGGAGCAUAAGUAUAAUCUUGCUCCUCUUAGCCCCACCGAGGUACAUGAAAUGCAAGUGCAUAUGAACAAAGAGGCCGAGAUAAGUAGAAACAAUCUUUAUUUAUCAUCUAGUGAUAUUUGUAAAACCAUGAGUUCCAAUGGCACCGUGCUAUUAAUGAUUUUUAAAGAGUGUUUGAGCACAGGCAUGAGUAACUCUGAGCUCCCACCCGAAGUGCAAGCUAUACUGAAUAAGUUUAGAGACGUGUUUCCCAAAGAGAUACAUCCAGGCUUACCACCACUUCGUAGAAUAGAGCACCAAAUUGACUUAGUUCCCGGAUCAGCAUUGCUCAAUAAGCCAGUUUAUAGAAUGAAUCCCGAGGAGACUAAGGAUUUGGAGAGACAAGUGCGAGACUUAAUGGACAAAGCCUAUAUCCGUGAGAGCCUCAGUCCUUGUGCUGUGCCAGUUCUCUUAGUGCCAAAGAAAGAUGGCACAUGGAGAAUGUUGGACGAGUUGAGUGGAUCCACAAUCUUCUCAAAAGUGUACUUAAAGAGCGGAUACCACCAAGUUUGA